GACGGGUUGCGAUGCCAGUUAGCAACUGACAAGACAUGGAGGAAGGUGUGAGAGCGCCUUAAGGUUUAUAUAUACGGAUCAUAAAGGAAGCCACUAGUACGCGUAGCGUUUCGGGCAAAGAUGUUUUGUUUUGAUGUAUGAUGUACGCGGCUGUCAGAUGAACACUGAAGGUGUGAAGGCGGCAUCCAGCGAGAAGGACCCUCUGGUGACCAAUGAACUAACUACUAUCCUGAAAGCAUUGCUAAUGACCCUCAUGCCGAGCCUUACGGAUGAAGAGGCCAUGAUGGGACUGGGAGGUGAGGCGCGCGCAGCAGGGUUGUGGAGCAUCAUCUGGCCGGUGAUAUACAACCUGCUCUCCAUAUUCCUCCUGCCAUUGGUCAAGAUUACCAUCAUGACCCUUAUCUCUCUUACCUUCAGGACACUCUGCAUCGCCUUCUUCGGGGAGCACACCAUGGCAAAGAUUGUGGGCAGUGAGGGCUACAUCUACUAUGCCGUCAUCAUGGUCUCUAACUACAUUGGCUUCACCCCAGUCACCCGCUUCUACACGAACUCUCUCUACAAGCUGACCAGUUUCUGACACAUGCCUCAGGCAUAGUAAUGACUCUUAAGACGAGUGCACUAGUGCAGAAACAUCUGGGGAAAGUUUUAUGAAGUUUACCAUCCCCAGGAGGACGUCGGAGGGAUUGCUACUGUUUGAGAGAAUAAUCGGUGCGUUAAACAUCCAGGGACGACCAUGACUCGUUCUGAAUCCAGGACGUUCCGACUAAGUCCAAAGAGCAUUAAAAGCAAAUGAAGUUUUGAACAGUCGCAUGAUGAAUUGCAGUCUGGAAUGCACCAUGCCACACUACUGCCUGGAAUCGCUUUCAAAACUUGCUGUGCAAUCCGGAAUGCUAAUUUAGGCGUUUUGUACAGUCUGAAACAAGCACCAUAGUUAACAGGACAGUCUAAGCUUCCAGAGCACAUUUUGUAACUUGAACCUCCACCUGAAUUGGCUGUUCAGUUAGACCACCAGGAUGCAUUAUGCAAUUAAAAUUGUCAGAAAGAACUGUACAGUUGGGACGACCAUCAUGGGUAAGACUGUAGUUUGUGACGGUUACUUUAUCGGCAGGCCGUGUUGCCCUGCUUCAACUAUGUAUAUGUAACACACUGAUGGAAAAUACAAACUAUUCUACUUUUAA